UGAAACUUCUGUUUGGCAGUACACCUCAGUCCAAUAACCUAAUCAGUAACAAACAUACGAGAGAACUAGUUAGACCUAUACAUUUUUUCAGCUUCAAAAGACCAAUAUGAGUGAAGAGGAAGCACCUGGUGCGGGAGGUGAAGAGUCGCCAGGAGCGGGACAGACAGAGGCUGUGGCUGCACCGCCACCACCAGAUACCACCACCGCUGCACCACCCGAUACCACCACUUCUGGGGCUCGAAUGAUGAUGCACCACCCGUGGUUGGCGGCCGCCGCAGUGGCCGUCUAUGCCACUAAGGUCAUGUGGGUCAAGUUCCGGGAGCUCGGCUUGGCUAAACAGAAAAAGCGGCUCAAAAAUGGAGAGAAAAAGUCGAAGACCCUGCAGGAUAACGAGGAAGAAAAUGAUUCUGUAUCGGAAUCGGAGGCGGAGACUGACGAAGAAGAUGAACUCGGUGCAGAAGUGCAAAACAUCAACGAAGUGGAUCUUCAGACGGGACUCUUAUCAAAUCGCUUGGAAAUGGACGACUCAGAUGGAAACUAUCGAUCAAUCGAAGUUCCGCCCGCCACCUUUUGAUACUUGAUUCGGGGAUGAAGGACCAUAAAACGUACACUACACUAUCACACCGAACAAGGACACUUUGUUGUAAUGCUUGCGCUUAAAGUAGGGAAGGAUCACUGAGCAUCGUUGGAAAAUGACCACCACAACGAGGGGGACACAAAUUGUUAAUUUUAUUAUUCAAAUUGUAUAACGUUUCGAUAUCUUAGUUUUUAUUGGUUCUCACAAGCCAAGGUGCAAUAAAUAACAUAAUUUGAAAAA